CCGACACAUCCGCUGUCAGACAGGACCAGUCGAUGAUUGAUCUGAAUGGGCAUUGUGCGAUGCAAUAAUACCGAUAAUACUCGUAACGAACGACUUGCUCGUACGAGGGAUGGCCAUAUCCACGUCCAUGUUCACGUUCACGAUCACGACCACGACCAUGGCUGCGACAACUAUGUACCUAGGUACUUUGUUGGCAGUAUCAAUUGGCACCUGCUACAAGGUAAACAAUGGUGAGUCCUGGGCAUCAAAGCACAGCAAAGCAACAAAGCACAAGCAAAGCAAAAGCAAAUCAGCGCACAGUCCCCUUCCCUUGACAGAUCAAUUUUUGGUCAGAUCUCACUAGGUGGUGGCUGUUCUAGGUACAAUACAUGACUGUGUAGUGACUUUACUUGUGGUAGAGGCUGUAGUGACUGGUCCACCGCCUUUACACAGUAG